AUGUCAACUGAAUUGACACGACACGUGUAAAUUUUGGAGAACUCUCUUUUAAAAUUAAUAGUGGUAUAUUUCCUUAAAUAAAAAUGCCGACGGCUUCAAGAAAAUCUGAGCCCAAGGAUAAGGUGAAGGGGUCGAAAGGCGACCUUUAUUCUGGGUCUGAUCAAAAUGUCAAAAUCAUGAGAAUGGAUUCAGAGGGACCUGGAAGCAAGAUGUCGGCUCGUCUCCGUCGAAACAUGGAAAGAGUGGAGAUGCUGGCUCGGCCCAACUCUCGGCGACUGCGGUCGCUUUGGGACGAGAAGUGUGCUAUCCUGCCGCGCGAUCGAAGAGAUAAAAUUAAGAGCGCCUUGGAAGAAGACUAUUUUCUUAGUCCUGAGCAAACCGAGCAAUAUUUCCAAGCUUUGAACGAGUCUUCUCGGCGUUGGUCCGGCCCGGGAGGCAUGGUCAGCCGUAAGGAACACGUUGAUAGAAGCAAGGAGUUGCGCCAGCGACAGAAGUGGCUGGUCAACUUUAGCGCGCAGGUGGCAUACCGUUUAUGCGAUUACAUUGCAAAAGGACAGAAGGAAAUGUUGGUCUCUAACCGCCUGAGAGCUAUCGCCGAUGUUGUUUUGGAGAGAGUUGCCGAAAUUCUGGGUGAACCAAAACCAACUCGCACCAACCCGGGCCGUCUCCCUCGGUUCAUGGUGGCGAUUUCGGACCGAAUCGCGGUCUGGAUCGAGAACGCGGUCUACCGAGCUGAUGCCAGCGAGCCCAUUGGAGCCGUGAAGGGAGGCGACGAGCACAUGCGGCUUGACGCUGAAAAACCUCUCAUAUGCUAAUGACAUAAGAUUCAAAUUGCAGCGGGGACGAUAUAGUUUGCAUUGAGAAGGCUCAGCAGCAGUUCUCCACAAUCAAUCAAUAUGAAGUACUUCCUGGUUUUCCUGAUCGUCUGCGUGGCUCUGGCCACUGCUUCUCCUCAGCUCAUCGCUGCGUGGCCAGGCUGGCC